GAUAAACCAUCAGGAUUAAGCACUGCAACUGUUUUCUGUGUCUGAACUGCACAGAAAAAACCUUUCUAUUCUACUGUUUUUGGAGCCGGGCUGAAUUACUGUUUGGUCUUUCUGUGUUCUCUCUACUAAAGUUUCGAAGAAUUAAUAAUUAAGGUAACUCUGAAAUACUAAACCACCUGUUGGGCUAUUUCCUGAAGCCACAGCGGGAUUCAGAUACAGCACAAUUUGUUUUGUUUUUGUUUUUUUAUGCCUGUAACAGAAGAUUCAACUAGAGAGCUUGCUUGUCCUUAUUUAAGCAGAAUAUUGCUCUGUUCCAAUGCCAAUUCCAGGCAAGCUCAUUGGGCGUUCUCAGAGCUGGGAUGCUGCAGGAUGGUAUGAAGGCAACUGGGAGAAUGAAAGUCCAUUUGAGUACCAGAGACCUCCAGGGAGGAGGAAUUCUUUAACCUACGGUGGUGAGGGAGCUUGGUAUGAGCAGCCAGGACAUAGACUGCACGAUGUUAUCUUGCAGGGAAGUAGUGAACCGAAGCAAGAACCAUAUCCAUACCAAGAACCAGUUUUUAACCAGAGUCCUUUAAGGAAAAGUUCUGUUCCUGACUUUGUUUACUACGACCGGCAUCCUGCAAUGUCUUCCCGAAGUUCCUUGCCACCUCAGGAUUACUACAGUGACCCAUCUUUAGCUCCUAGAUCUCCUAAAGAUCCACGCUACUAUAGAGAUCACAUGAUUAACAGAACAUUACCAAAUUAUGGCAUGCCUAGCAGCAGAUUGGCUUGGGAUCAGAUGCAAGGACGAACACCUGCCCUGCAUGAAGCUGGCCGCAUGUAUAGAGACCCAGCAACUAAAAUGGUCCCUGAAGCACAGAGGAUUAGAAACAGAGACCCUUCUCCAGCAAGGUAUGGUGUUGAAGCUUCCACACCUAGAUAUGGAGCAGAGCCUUUAACGUUUUCCAACAGGCCAGUUUAUAAUGACACUGUGGACAGAUCAAUGGAUUCUGCAGCUGGUAGGCAAGCUGCUCCAACGUGUUUGGUAGUGGAUCCAAAUUCAUCUGCAGCUCCUGAUGGAAGUGUAGUUCUACCGUCUACGCCUGUAAACCGUGGUUAUGGACCCAUCAGAGAAAGUGUCAGUGCAAAGGUUCCUUAUGAUGGCUACGAAACAGUCACAACCCCUUCUCAUACUCAGAUGCCUCCACCUUUCCCAGGUCAGGACAUUAAAAGAAACGUGGAUCCAGAGUUCUUAGCAUUUCUGCGUUCUGAAGGAGUAUCUGAAAGCACGCUCAGCGGCUUGCUGCAGCAAGGGUUUGAUUCUCCAAGCCUGCUAGCAAUGAUGGAGGACAAUGACAUCAAGUCAGUAGUUCCAAAUCUAGGGCAAGCAAGAGUACUUUCUCGAAUUGCCCAUACCUACAAAGCAGAAGUUCAGUUGCAGCGACAGGAAAGGAAGAGCACCAUUGUUCGUCCCAGGCACCGAUCUAACAGCUUUAGUCAUCGUGGUGAACUGCUUCAGAAUGAGUAUGGGAUGCACCCUGUUACUGUCCCUAUGGCAGAUGGUACAGCACUGCACCAGCCACCUCCUGGAUCAAUGCAGCCAGUGUCCCCAAGAGUAGCAGAACUAACUCGCCGUCCAUCUAGUGCCCCAACGCAGCACCUUUUGGAAACUGCAACUUACCCUGCAUCGGGUUUAACUCAUCAAGGCACUCCUUUCCUUCCCAGUUCGGGAUACAGUGCUCCUGGCCCAUGCAAUAUGCAUACUCGUCCAGCAAUGGGCUAUUCUUUUCCAUCUGGAUUAUCCAUGAGCGCAGUACAGUCAAACCCCCAUCCAAGUUCCAAAACAGCAUAUUCAACCACAUAUACAGUACCCAUGGAGCUGAUGAAGAGGGAAAGAAAUCCUCCAUUGUCCCCAAUGCAGAGUCCUCACAACAGCCCUCAACUCCUUCGAAAGCAAGCUCCCCAAAUGGAGCCCAAUCUAGUGCCGGUGGGUCCAGUGCAGCACUCUCCUUUUCCAGCGCAGCACUCUCCUUACCAGAAACAAACAAGACGCACAGGGCCACCUGUCAUUGUUUCCUCAAUGGCAUCACCUGAACCAAGUAUUCGCCCACAAAUCAUGAAUGGCCCUAUGCAUCCUCGCCCAUUGGUGGCUUUACUAGACGGAAGGGAUUGUACUGUGGAAAUGCCAAUUUUGAAGGACUUGGCUACUGUUGCAUUCUGUGAUGCACAAUCAACUCAGGAAAUCCAUGAAAAGGUUUUAAAUGAAGCUGUUGGAGCAAUGAUGUACCAUACUAUCACUCUCACCCGAGAAGACCUAGAGAAAUUCAAGGCCUUACGAGUCAUUGUACGGAUAGGCAGUGGCUAUGACAACAUCGACAUUAAAGCUGCAGGGGAACUUGGGAUUGCUGUCUGCAACAUCCCCUCAGCGGCAGUAGAAGAGACGGCAGAUUCCACUGUAUGCCACGUGCUGAAUCUCUACAGACGGAAUACGUGGCUAUAUCAAGCACUGAGGGAAGGAACCCGCGUGCAGAGCGUGGAACAGAUACGAGAAGUGGCUUCCGGGGCUGCUCGUAUCAGAGGCGAAACUCUUGGCCUCAUUGGAUUUGGUCGCACUGCGCAAGCAGUUGCCGUUCGAGCCAAGGCAUUCGGAUUCAAUGUGAUCUUUUAUGACCCAUACCUGCAGGAUGGCAUAGAAAGGUCCCUGGGAGUCCAGAGAGUCUACACACUCCAGGAUCUGCUGUACCAGAGUGACUGUGUGUCAUUACACUGUAACCUCAAUGAACAUAAUCACCACCUUAUCAAUGACUUUACAAUUAAGCAGAUGAGGCAGGGAGCGUUUUUGGUGAAUACAGCACGGGGCGGUCUGGUGGAUGAAAAGGCCUUAACUCAAGCCCUGAAAGAAGGCAGGAUACGAGGGGCAGCACUAGAUGUGCAUGAAUCAGAACCAUUUAGCUUUGCUCAGGGGCCAUUGAAAGAUGCUCCUAAUUUAAUUUGUACACCCCACACCGCUUGGUACAGUGAACAAGCUUCGCUGGAAAUGAGAGAAGCUGCUGCUACAGAGAUUCGGCGAGCAAUCACAGGUCGCAUCCCUGAAAGCCUACGAAACUGUGUGAACAAGGAAUUCUUUGUCACAACAGCUCCUUGGUCAGUAAUAGAUCAGCAAGCAAUUCAUCCAGAGCUCAAUGGUGCCACAUACAGCUGCCGUUAAGUAUAACCCUGGAUCCAGAGAAGGACAAGAUAUGCAUGAAAGAACACUUUGCAGUUUUCCUCUCCACAAAUCAGAGGACCUUUCUGUGUGGACUGUGGGUCAGGCACUGGACAGCACACUCAGCCUCCUCUCCAUUCUCCCCCAUGUAUAUGCAGAAGUGUUGGACAUGCGUAUGUUAGCUUUUCGUCCAUUAUAUUCCAGAGAACACAAUGGAAUUCCAGAGAACAUGAUGAAAUAUUGUAAUGGAACUAGAAAGAUUUAGAGUACAACCCAAUGAAAGCUGAUCACUUUUAGUUGCAUUAAUUUCAAGGGGAAAGCAUCAAGUGCUCAGUUCGUUUGUUGCACUCAAUGGGACUUAAGUGCUUAACUGUGGCUAGAUUACAUUCACCGAUACUAUUCUGUUUUUGCAUUACAGGCAGUCAGAAGCAUCUCUGGGAAGGCUCUAGUCUGUGUUUAUCUUAACGUGAACCAUAAGUUGCUUUUCCUUAAAGAUCAGGCAUGUCCCACUUAAUAAAAAAGGGCUGUAUACUUCAGCCACAAGCUCUUAACUUUUUUGAACAGUGAUCUUUUGUAUCAAAGUAAAUAAAGAUUGUGCUUUAGUGUUUUUCACAGCUAGCGCAUUCAUUUUGGAGCAACAGGUGCCAUGUUAUUAAAAUUUGCAAUUUUUUUGCUUAAUUCCUUACACACAGCAAGAAGGGGGAAAAUUGCUUCCAGUGGUCUCAACAUUAUAAAUGUUGGUACUCCGUCUGCCAGAUAAGGCCUAGACCAAGAGUUGACACUAAGACAUCUGUAUUGAAAAUGAAGAUAGGAAAAGCUAACAACUGCCAAUCAAACAUUCCUCUCAAUUGAUUGGAGUGGGUCAUAGGGACCAUAUUAAACAAGUCUUGUUCAACAUACACUCACUUCCAAUUGGCUUCCAAGCUCAGUUCUAGAUGUUUGUAUUGGCUUUUAAGCCUUGUAUGUCUUGGGACCAAAAUACCUUAAAGACCAUCUUGUCCCAUAUGAACCUACGUAAGCAGUCCAGUCAUCUUGGUCAGCCUGUGCCAUCAGAACUGUACAGAUGGCAGUGAAGAAAGGGUGUUCUUUGAAACUCUCUUCCCAGGGAGAUUUGUCUUUUGGCCCUCGUUCUAGUGUUGUUCUUGUGUUUUAAUUGAAUUAUUUUACAAUUCAGCUGUAUUUUUAAUUGUUCAACUGUUUCAAUUUUUUUUAAUGUUUACCGCCUUGUAAACCCUGAUCAGGUGGAGAAGUGGCAUAACAAUGUUUAACAAUGAUAAUAUUGUUCAUUUGUAUAUCAUAAUUAUGCAAAAAAUUAGUGAGGGUGUGGUUUCUCAAUCUCAAUUUUAAAAUCAUGAUAUUAGUGACCUUCUCAUGAUUUUUUUCAUUGACCCUGCUGUUCCCAGGUAUUUCUAUAUCAAUUAUGGUCAUUUUGUUAUCCUUGAUCACUGAUGUGUGGUAUGUUUUUGAGGUUGUCAUUAACCAAGUGAUAGGCUGAAUGAUAGGAUACUACACUGAGCUAUUUAAAUUAAAGCAUUGCCGACUUCAUUAAACUUUUCUAUUCAGAAA